GGGUAUUAACUAACUUCCUUAGUUUCUAACAACCUGAUUGCAACUCUCAAGGCAGAUGUUGCUGCACAGACGGCAUUGGCUAAGGAUUCAAGUGUCUUGAAGAAGAAACUCGAUACUCAGAAGAAUGAGAUUGCUUCCCUACAAGCACAGCUUGCAAGGAUGACCGUUUCGUUAUCGGAGGCACAGUCAGAAAAUAAGACAUUGUCUGCAAAAUUGGCUGCAAAUCGAACCGCUGCUACCUCAGUCGAGAGCACAACCAGCAAGGUCCCAAGUAGUGCGGUCAAAGCUAAUGGUGGCAUCCGGAUGGUUGGAUCUGCAGAGGCUGCUCAGGUAGCACAAGCAGCCCAGCUUAAGGAAGACAUCUACAGUGAUCUCACUGGUUUGAUUAUCAGAAGUGUGAAGCGUGAGGCUGAAGAAGACGUUUUUGAUUGUAUUCAGACCGGUCGUAACGGCACUUUACAUUUCAAAUUAGCUGCCGGAAACGAGAAGUCCGCCGACAGCUAUGACGAUGUGCAAUGCAGUUACAUCCCACAGCUUGAUUCAAGUAGGGAUAGAGCUUUGAUGGAGUUACUUCCAGAUUAUCUUGAGGAUGAAAUCACAUUCCCAAGACCACAAGCUGCGAAUUUCUAUGCCAGAGUUGCUAAGGCCUUGACGGACAAGGCCGCUUGAGGAAUGUUUUGAGAAUAGUGAGGAGUAAUGAGUUUGAACGGUGGGCAUGAGGAGUUAAGGAGCAUUGGACGUCCAUGUUAGACUUAUUGGCGUAAGAGCAUGCAUUUUUGAUUGUUGUAUUAUACCUAGUUCGAUUCCGCCCUGAACAUGGAAAUUCCCUGAGGCUGGUCUAU